AUGUUGUCGAUCCUGCGCAAGGCUCGUCUCAAGGACAAGGAGAUGAGAAUCCUGAUGCUAGGUCUAGACAAUGCGGGGAAAACGACGAUUGUCAAGAGCAUCAUGGGAGAAGACGUCAACACAGUCAGCCCGACGCUGGGGUUCAUCAUCAAGACGAUUGACUACGAUGGAUAUAAACUCAACAUUUGGGACGUCGGUGGCCAAAAGACGCUGCGGUCGUACUGGAGAAACUACUUUGAGAAGACGGAUGCGCUGAUAUGGGUUGUCGACGCGACAGAUCGACUGCGGAUACAGGAUUGCAGGGACGAGCUGCACGGCCUACUCCAGGAAGAGCGUCUGGCCGGCGCGAGCUUGCUGAUAUUCGCCAACAAGACGGACGUCGAGGGAUGCAUGAAUGAGCAGGAGAUUGGCUCGUCGUUGCGGCUGGACGAGAUUCGGACGCAUCAGUGGCAUAUCGUGCGAUGCAGUGCCAUGACGGGAGCGAAUCUGCACGAGGGGCUUGCGUGGGUGGUUUCGGACGCGAAGAAACGGCUUUUUCUGUAUUAG